CUACAGUUGGAUCCUCACCAUGGACAAUCUACAGGACCCUCUCAGACGGUUCGCUGAACGUGCAUCUCGAUACGCCAUUAACCUGGACGGACGGGUCCAUAGGGGUACCCGUGCUGCUCUGGGCGGAGGGAACGCUAUAGUGUACCGAGGUACUUUGCAACCCGAUGGAAUAAGCAUAGCCAUAAAGACAGCACGCGGCAGUCCUCCAGUCGACGACCGUAUGAUCAAGCGCGCCCUUAGAGAAGUACAUACCUGCUUGAAACUCCAGCACCAAAACGUUAUCCCGGUGCUUGGUAUCACCACUGAGUUCGAUGGAACGGUGUCCAUCGUAUCGCACUGGAUGGAGAACGGAAAUGCACAUGAUUACGUGCAAAAUACGACCAUCAAUCCUGGUCCUCUGAUGUUGGGAAUUGCACAAGGACUCCAAUACUUGCAUACCCGCCAAGGGGGCGCGGUACUCCAUGGUGAUUUGAAAGGUUCCAACGUGCUAAUAUCUGAUAGUGGUCAGGCCGUUCUUGCCGACUUCGACCUUUCUCUGCUUGUCGAUUCUACAUUUAGCUUGACCACCUCCAGGAGGGCCGGAUAUACCUUACAUUGGACUGCCCCCGAGAUCCUUGAAGGGGGGGUUGGGGGCCAAAAAUCCGCCGAAGCGGAUGUCUGGUCAUUUGGGAUGACACUCUUGGAGUUAUUUACACGCAAAAUACCGUUCCAUCCAUUCACCCUCCAUGCUGUCUCGUAUAGAAUUUCCCUAGGGAGGACACCAGAUCGCCCGAGCGACGAAGACACCUGUUCGCGUCUGACAGACGAAUGGUGGACUACUUGCGUAAAGUGUUGGAAUUUUGACCCCUUGUUGCGCCCAAGAAUUACGGAUGUUUUACAAACCAUCAGAAUGAUACAACAAUGAGAGACCUCUAUGCACGACUCUCUAUCCCUUUUGGCGACAGUAGUGAGCCAGUGGCCACGAUGGUCUUCCACAGGUACAACAGUUAUUCCCGCACAUACAUGCAGUAAUAUUUAAUCACUGAGAAGCACACCAGUGGAUCGGUAUCAGUUGAACUUUACAUAUAAUAUUGCUUGUUGAUGCAGAUAGUCUCAAAGAAUUUUGGUGCCACCAGGUG